CAACCUCAGGCCACCUAUGAACUGAAAAGUGUUCUAUGUGUUGGAGUAUCCAGAAUGGAUCGCCCAAAAGUUCUCUUUUGGGAAAGUACCAGCCCAGUGCCCGAAAUGCUGGAGAGUGGAAAGUCCUGGUCUCGGCAGGGAAAUGACGGUAGUGUUCUUGGAGACAGUGUUUUCGCAUGGCUGACAUUAAUGACAGCCCGAUGCUCUGCACUCACUGAAUGUUUUCAUUCCAGAAGAGCAUCAAAACCACUGAGUCCUUUCAAGUCAUCUUCUUUUACUGCAAAACCAGAAACCAUGCCGACAACGACUUUCGCUCAAAUUGAAAUUAUUCCAUGCAAGAUCUGUGGAGACAAAUCAUCAGGAAUCCAUUAUGGUGUCAUUACAUGUGAAGGCUGCAAGGGCUUUUUCAGGAGAAGUCAGCAAAGCAAUGCCACCUACUCCUGUCCUCGUCAGAAGAACUGUUUGAUUGAUCGAACCAGUAGAAACCGCUGCCAACACUGUCGAUUACAGAAAUGCCUUGCUGUAGGGAUGUCUCGAGAUGCUGUAAAAUUUGGCCGAAUGUCGAAGAAGCAGAGAGACAGCUUGUACGCAGAAGUGCAGAAACACCGGAUGCAGCAGCAGCAGCGAGACCACCAGCAGCAGCCCGGAGAGGCCGAGCCGCUGACUCCAACCUACAACAUCUCGGCCAACGGGCUGACGGAACUACACGACGACCUCAGCAACUACAUCGACGGGCACACCCCUGAGGGGAGCAAGGCAGACUCUGCCGUCAGCAGCUUCUACCUGGACAUACAGCCUUCCCCAGACCAGUCAGGUCUUGAUAUCAAUGGAAUCAAACCAGAACCAAUAUGUGACUACACACCAGCAUCAGGCUUCUUUCCCUACUGUUCCUUCACCAAUGGAGAGACUUCUCCAACUGUGUCCAUGGCAGAAUUAGAACACCUUGCACAGAAUAUAUCUAAAUCACAUCUGGAAACUUGCCAAUACUUGAGAGAAGAGCUCCAGCAGAUAACGUGGCAGACCUUUCUGCAGGAGGAGAUUGAGAACUAUCAGAACAAGCAGCGGGAGGUGAUGUGGCAGUUGUGUGCCAUCAAAAUCACAGAAGCUAUACAGUACGUGGUGGAGUUUGCCAAACGCAUCGAUGGAUUUAUGGAACUGUGUCAAAACGAUCAAAUUGUGCUUCUCAAAGCAGGUUCUCUAGAGGUGGUGUUCAUCAGAAUGUGCCGUGCCUUUGACUCUCAGAACAACACCGUGUACUUUGAUGGGAAAUAUGCUUGCCCUGAUGUCUUCAAAUCCUUAGGUUGUGAAGAUUUUAUUAGCUUUGUAUUUGAAUUUGGAAAGAGUUUAUGUUCUAUGCACCUGACGGAAGAUGAAAUUGCAUUAUUUUCUGCAUUUGUACUGAUGUCAGCAGAUCGCUCAUGGCUGCAGGAAAAGGUAAAAAUUGAAAAACUGCAACAGAAAAUUCAGCUAGCUCUUCAACACGUCCUACAGAAGAAUCACCGAGAAGACGGAAUACUAACAAAGUUAAUAUGCAAGGUGUCUACAUUAAGAGCCUUAUGUGGACGACAUACAGAAAAGCUAAUGGCAUUUAAAGCAAUAUAUCCAGACAUUGUGCGACUUCAUUUUCCUCCAUUAUACAAGGAGUUGUUCACUUCAGAAUUUGAGCCAGCAAUGCAAAUUGAUGGGUAAAUGUAUCACCUAAGCGCUUCUAGAAUGUCUGAAGUACAAACAUGAAAAACAAACAAAAAAUAUUAACCGAGACACUUUAUAUGGCCCUGCACAGACCUGGAGCGCCAACACACUGCACAUCUUUUGGUGAUCGGGGUCAGGCAAAGGAGGGGAAACAAUGAAAACAAAUAAAAGUUGAACUUGUUUUUCUCAUGCAUAUGAUUUCCAUUAUGCCUACAGAUAUGGACCCUUUUUCUGUCUCGACUUCUUGAUCAUUGACCUCUGUUUACAACAGAAGGAGGGUACUAAAGUUGGAAGAUUUCCUUUUCUUGUAGCUCACUGCCCACAGACUUUCUGCAGAGUCACCAAUCUGUUAGUAACAAGAGAGUCCAGCAAUAAUCGGUGACCGGUGUGCAUAGCGGAGGUUGCAGCAUUACUUUGCACAACUUGCUCUUUGUCUCAUGAAGGAAGUUUUUAUUUUUUUUUCACCGAUUAUUGCCAGUCAGCAGGAUGGCACGUAAAGGGUCCAUAGCACUAGCAACAAUAGCAUUAUAAUAUAUUACAGGGUAAAUGGGCAUGAAGACUAUAUAUAGCUAAAAGAGAUAUUGUUUAUAUAUUGUUUUAAUUAAUAUAAAAUGUAGUUACUGGUGUAGCUUUUCCUGUUGAAUUGAUAAGGCACUUUCAUUUUGCACCUUUUUCUUUAAAUUAAAUGCUAGCGUGUUCACUGUCGUGUCGCAUGUGCACCAGAAACACAAGUUUUACUGAGAAGGCUUGGAAGGUACGUCGGGAGGUAUUUAUGCUGCUGUUUACAAAAUUACUUUCAAAAGACUGGCUGGUCAUAUCUAGAAAUCACGAUGUUGGAUUAUUAUUUUUUUACGUGUGAAUUUGGAAUUAGAAACUGAACUCUCCCUAAAUUACACCUUGCAUUUGGGUAAGUUUAAGGAUAGAUGUGUUUAUGCUUCAUACAAAGUUGAAUGGUUGAUUGGUGCUGUGGACUUAUACCAUCAUGAAUAUUAUUUUUUAAAAAGCUUUUGUAAAUGCCACCUAAAGGAGGCAGGGGAGAGGAGGCUCGUUUUAUACAAUUCAGUAGUUAUAUAGACUCAGCCUCAACUUGGAGUUCGUAUGCUUUGAGAACAAAUCAGUAACCAGAAUAGUUUAUUGGAAUCUAGCUUUGAUUAUAAGAAGGACCCAAAGAUUUAUAUGUGGAGCAAACGCACACUCCUCACAUGAGGACAUAAAGCAUUUACUCUGUGAAAGUUUAUGUUCUUGGUGUAAUCUAGGAACUGUAAGGGUUGAUCUCAGAGUGAACUAUUUCUAGACUAGCUGCCUCUAGAUGCUACAAUUCUAGAACGUUGCUCUCCAUAUUUCAUAGACAAUGAAUGAGAGGGUGAGGGAGGCAUACCAUGUUGAAUUAGUUUCUGUUAUUUAAAUAUUAAAUAUUUUAAGCCUUUAAAGUGAAGUCAGUGCUAACUGCAAACAUGUACUUUUGUAUUUAUCGUCGCUAGAAAACUGUGGACUAUAAUUUAUUUCAUUAAAUAUUUAGAAGAUUGCUUGGUUUUAGUGUUCAGGUGAGAUAGAGUGAGGGUUGUGUUUUUUUUAAUUUCAUGGAUUUUUAAAAAUAAUUCCCAGUGGGGGAAGGGGGAAGGAACUGUCUGACACACAAGUGAGCAUAUUUUAACAAUAAGUGACCUUUGGGAUGGUAGGCAUUGAGAUGAUGAUUUCAGUCCCACUCGGGGGAGGAGUCAAACUUCUGGUCUGACAUCAAAGGCCACGUUUGUUCAGUAAAGAAGUCAUCCUCCCGUAGUGCUAAGGUGUGAGUUUCCUAGAAGCCCUUUAUAGUGGAGAAAGUGUCUCCUGGACCACCUGGGCCCGCCCGACUCUCCUGUGGGGACUGUGGCUCUGGUGUCAGGCCGGAUCCCAGUGCAGGCUUCCCAGAGCUCUCCACUCUGCUCAGACCUCCUCUGACUUCCCGACUUGCUUCCUGAGGGACUUGGAAAAGGAGAAGGAAUUAUUCACACAAAAGUGUGUAUGAAGCCUAAAUGACAUCUAACUUUUUCCCCAAAAAAAAUAUAGUAAGGGUUUAACCAUAAAUAGAAGACAAGAGUAUUAUUUACUUAAAUUUCUUACAAGCAUAUAAAACUUUAUGAGUGUUUAUAUAGAGAGGUUAACUAUAAGCAUAUAGUAUUUAUAUUUGGGCAGGAGGGGUUAAAGCAAAUUUUUAAUUUAAAUAAGCAUAGUUCCUUUAAAGAGCAAUAGUAUUUAUACUCUGAAAAAAGUACCAAGCUUAGUUCAGUUAUUUAUUUGUCCGUGUUUCUCCUAUUGUUUCUCCUUUGGGGAGAAAUGGUGUAUUUUUAUUUUGGUUUGGUUUUGUUUCCUUUGUUUUCUGUCGUUCUGAUUCACUAAAUUUGGGGAUGGUUUUAUUAAAAUAUAUUAACUUCUUUUUAACCAAAGCUUUCUGAAUAUGACCAGCCUCAGGUGCUAGCGCAUUAAAGAGCAACUAAACCUAAUUCCAGUGUCCAUUUAUGAAAUGAAAAGAGUUCAUUGAAUUUCUCUAGGGGUGAGAGAGAACAUAAUGUUGAACUUAAAAGAAAUUCUUUUUCCCAGAAAGGAUUUUGCAUGUACCUAAUGCAAAAAAAAAAAAAAAAAAAAUGCUCUAAUCACAGUAAUAGUCACACCAUGGUGACAGCGCUCUCAGAGUAAGCCGAGAUACAUUGGCAUGAUGCUGCUACGAGAUCUUUGAGAAAGAAAAGCAAAUUACUUCUGUAGGGUAGGAACAAGAUAGCAGAGGCAUGCUCGGUGGCAGGAGGGAACAACUGACUAUUAUUUGGAUCAAAGUUGGGAUCCGAAGUUAAACAAUAAAUUCAGCUGACAAAAUAUGACGUAUAGAAAAGGAUGUGAAAAACUUUGCAUUUUCAUUUUCUUCCUUAUUAUAGAAACACCUGUGUGAUGAUACAAAAUAUUUGGUGAUACAGAAAAUUAUUUGUAAUAGUUCUUAUAAAGCUCCCUAAACUUAAAUAGUCCUUUGAUUAUUGGAAUCACGUCAUUGUCAUCCCAGCAUGUUUUACAUCAACUAAAUGAGGCUUUUGUACAAAGUCCCAAUAUCAUCGGUUACAACGGUGUCCAAAUGGUUGCAUUCCAUUGUGAAGAAACUGGCCUUGGUCACAAUGAAAUCAAAAGUGCAGAUGAAAGUGCUUUUUUGGGACAGUUUGCAAAUUGUGUUAAAGCUAUGGAUUUUUUUUAAGUGUUCAGCAUCCUAAUUUACGUUAAAGCUAUGGAUUUUUUUUUUAAGUCUUCAGCAUCCUAAUUCACCCUUCCUAACUUAUGGAAAACAUAACUUAAGACACUGCUUCUAAGUUUGGUUGUUCUUUAUAGUGUGGAUACCCAGAUGUCUGUGAGCGUAUAGGGGUGGGCUGAGGGUCAAGUGAGGAGGGAGUGAGUGUGUGUGUGUGCGUGUGUGUGUGUGUGUGUGUGGUUUUUGUGUAUGACCUGCGUGUGUCAGACUGCUUCUAGGCUACUACGUGUCAAUGGAAAAGAAAAUGUAUUCAAAAUACUUAAAUCAAAAAACUAGAAGAUGGGAAUAAAAAGAUUUAUUCUAUACAAAGCCUUGUCUGGACCACUUUAGAGAGACUUCUAUUUUUUUAACCCUUCUAUAAAUAUUUGAUGGCACUUGAAAUAUUCCUGCAAUAAAAUGUGAUUUGUGUAAAGAAAAAAAAAGAUUUUGUAAUGUGAAACAAAGAAAGAAAGUAAUGUAAUUUUCUAAAAAAAAAAUACAAACAAACAAACUUUGUAUUAUUUUCUUGAUGGAAUUUGUCUAUCUGUCUUUGGAAAACUUUUUAUUUCAUUGAAUGUGCCAUAGUAGAAAUAUGUGUUUUUAGUUUUAGACUAAGGAAUAGCUGUUUGUGUUCCGACAUUCCAAAAUGCAAAACAACCUAGUAGAGUCUUUAACGAAAAGGUUUAAGUAGGAUGUAAGCUUCUCUCAUCGUUGCUUUUUUGCACAUGUUCUUCAUUCCUCUCUAGUGCAAUAUGUACAUAGAGCACUCGCGGGUGUACCUUGAUCCCUCAGGGAAAAAUACAUAUUUGUACAGUUGUUAUUAUUGUUGUUUCUUUUUGUUUUUGGCUAAGGAAUGUCGACUGAAUCACUUGUUAUUGUUGAGGGGCAGCCAGAUAAUAAUCCUAAAGCCACUGUUUCAAACAUUGAUUGUUUAAAUCAUGUGUCCUUCGAGUGCUAUUAAGAUACUAAUAAUAAAAAGUUAUUUUCUGA